CAGGUUUGGGGAGGCUUAGCCUUAUUUAAAAUCUGUCUAUGUUUAACUUCAGCUGUAAAGCCUGAAUCAACUCUGCUCUUGCCUGCUAGAUUCGAUUCAGCUCCCCCCUUCCAUCCCGAUUGGCUGCAGUGAACCACGUGACUUCCGGGUGAACUCAGCACAGGAGUGAUCGGUGAAGAGACAAGGGAACUACAAGGCUGAUAAGGAGGAAUGCGUACAUACCCUGACUCACAAUUAUUUCUGGGAAGAGAACCAAACGGCUCUACAGAGCGCACCUUUUGGAGGACAUGAAAACUACCUUGCAAGUCCAGAAAUGCAGGGGGCUAAAUGGAGUCCCCAGUAGGAAGCCAUAUGUGUGUGAUACUUGCCCCAAGGAAUUUGAAACCCCUUCCAAACUUGCCAGGCAUUAUCUAACCCAUACUGGCCAAAAGCCAUUCCAGUGCCAGGAUUGCCCAAAAAGUUUUCAGCAAUUGGUCCACUUAGAGAGGCAUAAGAGGACUCACAUCCGGCCCUUCCAGUGUAAAAUUUGCCUUCUAAACUUUAAAAAGCAUGAGACUCUUUCAAAGCACCAGCAGAAACAUCAUGGCUUUCCUUCAAGUGAAGUGAAAUCAGGCAAGAAACCAUCAACCACCUACCAGAAGAAUUCCGCUCCUUCCUUCUGUACCAGUUGUAGUGUGGUGUUUGCUACGGAAGAGAGUAGACGGCUCCAUCAAUGUGAUUUUGAGGAUGCCUUCCCCAAUAAAAAGCUUUCACAUUGUGAUAUAUGUGAGAAAGUGUUUGCAUCUAGGUCUAAGUUGGAGAGGCACGUGCUAAUUCACACAGGCCAGAAACCCUUCACAUGUCUUAUAUGUGGUAAAGCUUUUAGACAAAAAGCCCACCUUAAGAUCCACCAGCUAACCCAUACUCAGGAGAGGCCCUUUAAGUGCAGCCAUUGCUUUAAAUCUUUUAAGACCUCAGGGAAACUUCUCAAGCAUGAAGAGGUGCACACUCAACAAGUGCAUUUUCACAAUAUUUUAAAGAAACCUAAGACUUCAAGGACUGUAGUACCAGUUGAGAAUGGUGUCUUCCAGACAGUGAAGGAGGAAUCUAAUGAUGUCUUCUCUGUGUACGUGGUUCCUUAUCAAUGUCCCACUUGUGACCAGUGCUUUGAAACCCAACAAGUCCUAGAAAAGCACUCCUGUUUUAUAUUAGAGGAUGGAAAGCCAUUAAAAAGAAGGUUUCUGAAAAGGACUGCAAAGCAGAGAAACAGAGGUGAAGCCCAACUUGGGCCAAACAAAAAAGAAACAUCCAUGUCCAUUGGAAGACUUACGAAAAUUGAUCAGUUUGGAGAGACAAAAUCCUUGGAGCCAAGUGGUCCUGUGUGUCGGAAGAGUGAGGCCUGUCUAGAUACUCAUAAACAGCAUCUUCAACGUAAAGCAUUCAAGCGCAACACAGGGCAAUCUCAGAUCCUACAAAGGCACCUUGAGAGCCAAGAAUUAGGGUUCUGUUUUCAGCAGUAUUGGGUAAAUGGAGACACUGAUUACAAUUCAGAAAAAACAUUUAUCUCUAACAGGAGGGAGUCGGUGGAAGAAUAUGAUACACUUCACCAUUUUCUGCGGGGUGCCAAAGGUGUACUAAUCCAAAGGCACAUGAAUAAAUGUGAUCAGUGUGAGAAAGCUUUUCCCUCUUUAUCCAAGCUACGCAGGCAUUAUCUUAUUCAUACUGGACUGAAGCCCUUUGCAUGUUCUGAAUGUGGAAAGAAAUUCCGUCAGUCGGCGCACCUAAAAAGACAUCAAGUUACUCAUAAAAGAAGGGUUACUUUUCAAAGGGCGAAAGAGACAUUUGACGAUUUUCAUCAAGUACUUGUCCAAGGCACACAGGUGGAUUAUCGGUAUUCACAAAACAUGGAUUAUGCUACAGACAUUUUGGAAAACCUUCAAGUAUGUGACACCUCAGUGCAAUAUGACAUCCCAGAUAUUAAGGUAGAAAUAGACUCCCCAUGUGAGUCUACAAGCCCACAGAGGUUUCAAGUUGUGGGCCACCAAAAAUCCAGGAAAUUAGUGUCAAGAGAUCGUGUUGCAAAAUCCCGUUCUGGGCAGCCACAGCGGUCAAGGAGAACUUGUAAUGUCCGUAAAAGCUAUAAAUGUAGCGUGUGCACCAAAGUAUUUCUUUCUCCCUCCAAAUUGGAACGACACUAUCUAAUACACGCAGGACAGAAACCAUUCCACUGCUUCGAAUGUGGCAAGAGCUUUAGGCAGGAUCCUCACUUGAAGCGACACCAACUCACACACAUUCGUGUCAAAAUUUAAGCCUUGUGCUUAAGCACUAAUUUCUUACUUUCCUCACUAUAAAUCCUUUUUAAAUAUAGAAGAAAAGUUAUUUGUAAGCAAAUCAAUGUUAUUUUGAAUAUAUGAUUUAAAUGUUCAGUACUAAUCAAAACAGUUAUUAAUUUAUUUGAAUUUAAGCCCUAAAAAUAUUAGAGGAAGGUUUGCUUUGUCUUUGGUGCAUUUGGUACAGUCAUCGUCCCUUUAACAUCUGUUUCAAAGUAAGGCACUGGGGUGCAUUGUCUUUUUUCUAAAUUAGCCAAAACAUGGAGUUAGGUAAAUAGUUCCAUUGAAUACAUUUCAUUUGUUUUUGUGCAUAUUUUACUGACAAAGAUAUGUGAGUCUGCAGUACUAAAUGCAAUUAUGGGAAAUGUAAGUUCUGGUGAAUGCAACUGUGUCAUGCAAUGCAUGCUGGAUUUUUGUAAAACCAUGAAUGAAAAAGCUGCUUUAGUUAGGAUUGCAUCCCUUAAUUUCUAGGUUAUCGUAAGCCAGCUAAGAAAACUUGACAGCCCCUUAUUGUGUUUUUGAAGAGAUAAGGGAGGGUAGUAAUGGUUCAGGUAUGGAGUAUGGAAAGGCCUUUACACAGCACGGGGUGUCAAAACCAUUCAUAAGAAAUAACAUUGCAGUAUUGUGCUUCAGAGAACCUUUUACUGAUGCUUUGUUCAGAUUACAUAACAUGGAAAGGUAUAAAGUCUUAUUUCUAGGCAGUACAUUUCUUUCAAUACUGGUCACAGAUAUUCAAAAGAUGGUGUAAGGUUUAUUUCCCCUAUUGGAAACCUGUUAAAAGUGGGCAUAGUCAGGAUUUGUCAGUUCAGAUGGCAGCACUCAAAUAUGUUGCAGUGCUAUCAGAGGUAUUGUUUGUUUUGUUCUUAUUUUAUUUUUGUUGCUUUUUUUGUAAAGCUUAUAUAUGUUGGAAUCCAUGAUUUUUCUGAGCUUAAAGAACUUUCUAACGAUUAUAUGUAUAAUGAACAAGGUGCAACUUUAUACUGUAUAAUAUUUGCUUUCUUAAAGGUUAAAUAUAUAUACUACUUUUUGAUAAUGGUAUAUUUCUGGUUUUCUUCCUUUCAGUCAAUAAUACUUUAUAUAGUAUUGUGUGCAAUUAACAUUCCAUCCCUGUGUAUUUAUACAUCAGAGUGGUAGCUAACCUAUUUAUUGCCUUGACUGUUCUUUCUCCAUAUAUUUUUAUUGCAAAUAUAAAUAUAUAUAUAAAUAUAGUUAAAUCCCAAAAUGAUCAAUUUAGCUGAUCCCUACCAUAUUAUAUGGUAGGGAUCAGCUAAAUUGAUCAUUUUGGGAUUUAACUAAAUCACAAAACCUCCACAAAAUAUAUAUUUAGACUGUCAUAUAAAGCAGGGCACUCACAGGACUUAAAAGUAUGGUGAAAAAGAGAUAAAGUUUAUUUGUAUAUAUUAUAUACAUAAAUAUAUAUAAUUGAUAGUUCAAUGGAUCUGCUUGGGUUUCUGCCCAGAGGAUAAGAUUAGGGUUAUAUUGCACUGUCUGGCCUACUAUUAUAUGUAUUACCACAUUAUCCAGUUAUUUUUCCUUUUGGUUGAAGAGGGAGAUUGGCCUGUAUAAAUUAUGCAGAAAAAGAAUGUUCAUUGCGCAUAAUAAUUCUAAGCCUAAUGCCACAAGUGGCAGAUUCUUGGACUGCGGAUAAACGCAGGCUGAGUAUUUGCCCCUACUCUUAAAUGAGCUUCUUUGUCUGCACCUGGAGCGGAUUCUGGCUCCAAAGCGCAAGUAUGCAUUUUGUGCCGAAAUCCACUCUGUGUCAUUGAUUAUAAGAAUCUGUCACGUGUGACAUUAGCCUAAUAAUGUCAAUGAAAACUAAAUAGAGCAAAAACAAAAUAACUUGGGUCAGUGGUGGUAAAGAACUUGCUACAAUACAACUGGUAUUUCUUGUGCAUUUCCUCUACUCACAUUUAGAAAAGUAAAUGUGAAGGUAUUUUUCCUGUUUGUGCUGUUUAUGUAUUUUUUUUUUCCCCAAGAACAAACGAGUCCCUAGAAUUAAGGGAUUGUUAUUUUUCAUAUUGUUUCAGGAACACAUCAAAAGCAGACAGGAACAUGCUUAUAUGUUUAAGAACUUCUUUAAUUUUUGUAUAAAAUGCUAACAUGUAGAAAUGCUACAGCGAGUUGAGUAUUUUGUACAAGAAUUAAGUAUAACUUCGAAACCAGGGUUAAAAAAAGAUAGGGAUAUUUACUUUCAAAUCAACUUUUAAUAUGAUGUAAGCAGUGGUAUUCAAGGCCUUUUUUUUAUUUUUUCAUUAUUAUUUCAGUCCCUAACCCCCCAAAAUAUAAAAUGCUGUCAGUGAUCUCAAUAACCAGAUAGAAGACUGAUUGGGAAGCAAAUUUGAAAAAAAAAAAAAAUGUAAUAAUUGAUCUAACAAAUACAAAAAUGUAAUACAUUGGGAACACCUUAUCCGUUUUCUGCAAAUAUAAGGAAAACUAUAAGGCUGGAGGUAUAACAAAGAAAAAAAAAAAAAAAGACGCUGGACAUCAUACCAGCUGUUAAAUGUUAAAGUGAUUUUUUUUCACAUCCAGUGUUUUAUAAUUAAAAAAUGUUCUACAAAACCAUUGUUAUUUUGAAUACUCUAAUGAUUAAAAAAAGUUUUUUAUUCAUUAUUAGUUUUUGCCCUAGAAAAUGUUACAGGACAUUGAUUUUACACACAUAUACAUUUAUUUAUAUCUAAAGGAGUAUUUGGUACUUUACGGUGCAGUCGCCAUCUCUAUAAAAACAAAGUUUCUGGUACAUAAGACUAAAGCCAGUAAGACCUUGCCCAACAAGUGGAUCUUUAACCCAUUUUGGCCACCAAUGCAGUGGGCUGUAUAGGGAUGAUUUUAGACACUGGCAGACAAUCAGCAGAGGGCCAAAUCAAUGCAAUGAAGCUGCCCAACAUGAUUUUUAAACCUGUCCAAUCAAUACCUGAACAGUUUUUGUUUAGAGAUUGAUCUUGCAGGACCCACUGAGGGGCCCAUGUGCAGGGUGAAAAGCUGCCAACUCAGUCUACAGUAGCAACCCAUGAAUGGCCAGCUUUAGGAAUAAUGUACUUUAUACAAUUGUCAUAUGAACAAAAGCUAAGCCCAAACCAGAAAACACCACUGCAAGUGUAAAAAUCAAUACAGACAUAGUGUUUAAAUUUAAAGCCGUACAUUCCUAGGGCUUAAUUGUAUUUUAAUAGAGAUGAAAAACAAGUAAUAAACUGUAAUAUGCACAGGCAUAUAUACUUAAUUACACGUAGUAUCUACAGAUGUUCCAUGCACUUUUGUAGGAACCUGAGGAGCAACAAGUGUUAAAAGCAAAACCCCAUAGAUCUCCAUAAAUUGCACUAAUUGCUCUUUAAUGUCCUACUCCAAAUGCUUUGGCAACCAUUGGCACUUUAUAUGUUUCAGAAGCACAACAUGCAAGCAUCGUGCUACAUCUGUCCUUUUUUCAGAGACAGUCACACAUUUUAUAUCACAAAGCAGGUGUGGCAUUGGUUGGUUGAGUAACCUGACAAAAUAUGCCCUGCUUUCUUAGCUGGAAAUGUUUAUGGUUAUAGACAAUAGAUCAGUAAGUGUCACAUUCUGCCCCACUACAGAAAUUGCAAAAGUCACCCAGUCAUACAUAGUAUGUAUUGCUCUCUAAUAUACCUCAACCUCCUCCAUUAUUAAUAAAAAAAAAUGAGUUAGGUUAAUGCAAUAAAAGGUGCAAUGCUUGCUUUGGGUCUAGUUGGCCUGAGCAGCUAAUUGGAGUUCUCUUUGCAAGAUAGAUACCAGUAACUGCUACUACUGGUUGGCUUUUAUACUUGACUAGAACUGUCCUAAUUAUAACAUAAAACCCUGUGUCUCCACAUCUCUCUACAAGCAGAUUUUAUUUUGAGAAACUAUAGCUUUCUAUUUUCAUGCUUCCAUUAAUCUGGGCAACUUCACUUGUGGCUUUCUAGCUGUUGUUGAACUACACCCAGAACACUCCUAAGGUCUCUGGAUCAGAUAACUUGCUGAGCUUGCUUUCAUCAAAAUAACAGCUGCAUGGUUAUGGAGAAUUGGUGCUUUUUUGCUGCUGUUCUACAAGAAAAUAAAACUGUGCAUAUCAAACCUUGUUAUAGAAAGUUACAAAAAUGACUCUUGUUUCAUUUAUAUCUCUAGCCAGUACCGUGUGUUCAGCAAUGCAGUCUGUAACUUGCAAUAAAUUUGUUUUUUUUUCUUCCCA